AGAUCAUCCGAUAAAGAAGAAGAGAAUUGUAUUUGGUUGUUUCGUGACUUGCGUUUAUUUCGCUGUUUUCCGCCAAGAAAAUGGGUUAUUCUUUUAGAAAACCAAGUGCAGACGUUUUUCCUCUGACAAGGUUGCUGUUUGUUGUUGAGAAGGAAGGUAUUUUCAACCGAAGGUCACCUAAUCUUCGUUGGAGUGAUUUUCAGGCGACUGGCUGAGAUACGGAAUCAAAAAGAAUGUGUGUGGAUAUGGCCCCCUUUCACUCCCAGUAUCCAUCGCCCCAUAUGUUCUCCGUGUCACGUGACAUGCGGGGGGUCAGUAUGAGUGAGUGGCCUACACUAUUGUCUACCAUCGUCCUACCAAGGAUGCCCCGUCCGAAAAAAGGCCUGGAAGCAGACUGGCCGACGCGGAUGAGAAUGUUCCAGGUGUUUCACAAGGCAUUCCGCCACCUAAGGGCGGCGCUGUCCAAAAUCAUGAGUCGCUGUAUAGCAGCCGUGAAGGCUCUGCGGCCUGAGGUGUGCCCACUGCCGAUCGUUAUGGACGUUGUUACGGAUCCUUCCGUAGAUGCGGCUGCUCUAGGAUUUGGAAUGCUUGAGGAUCACAUGGAGGAGUGUUCGGUGCGAGAGCAGGGGUCCACUGUCCAUGGCUGGAUGUGGACCCCUCACCUGGCUGGACAGGGGGGCAGUAUGGUGUAUGCUCUGGAUGAGAAGACUCUGAGGGAAGAUGGGCGUGUGAGUUCCUUAGAUGAGACCCUGGAGGCUGCCUUCCCUAGGGGAUAUGACGGAAGUGAGCAGGAUGUUGACCUGUCGGAGUGGCUGGAAUGGGACUCAUGUGAAGUCUCUUUUGAUGAGGCCCAUGAAGCUGUUCCUGGGAAAUCCAGUGUGUCCUCGGAGGGGCCAGGCUGGGACAGUGAUUCAAGCUGGUCUGAUGACGACGACGACGACUAUGAUAACUCUGAGAAUGCUCAACUCUGGGAAUCCUUCUUCCGCACUGAUGACCCAUACAAUCUGCUCAGUUUCUCCUCUGUGGUGAAGUCUCAGUCUCAGGCCACUUGCCCACCAGAGAGCUGCACUCCAAAGGCCAGAGGAACGCAGGUGGAAGUUCUCUGUGAUGAAGAGGAACAGCGACGCCCUCUGCAGGAGGAGAUGCCCACUCCGGGUCACAAAAAGGUGACAUUCAGCGAGAAGGUAGAAGUGCGCCCUCUUGUGGCCUGGGCGUUUGCCAACCGUGUUUCCCGUGACGGAUCCUGCUGGCUGCAGAUGGCCAGAGACCGAGACCGGUUCCGGAGGAGGGUGGCGGCAGCCAGUGAUGUCAUUGGGCCUGUCCUGCUCCCCCAGCACAGAGCAGCAGUUUGGGAGAGGCUACUGAUUGUGAUAUGAGGAAUAAAGCUUGAAGUGUCGAAGUAGCAUAACACAUCGCAACACGCAUGUACAAAUACUGGGAAUGUUGUUACUUUAACGUAUAGCAGCAUGCAAAAAUUUGGGCACUGUGAAGCUAAGCAAGAAAGAGAUGACAUGACUUCUAAAAGGCAUGAAGUUAGACAACAUAUGUUUAAUAUUUAAAGCAAGAUUGCUUUUUAAUUUCAUUUACUUUUGAUUCCGCUUCAAGACAAAGGGAUAAUGGCUUGAAGUGGCACUCUGCGUGUCUUGGUUCUAGAAUGCAUCAGACUUGUUUGGAUAUUCGUUUGCUAACAUCGGACCCCGAAUUUUGUGGUGAGGAAGUUGAUUGGCGUCGUCUGGCCUUUAAGGACUUUGAGCAAGCCAUAGCCCUAAGAGGAUUAUUAAGGUCUGAGACCAUGGUAAAAGUUUUGAGAGCUGAAAUCUCUUGGGGUGCCCAAACUUUUGCAUGCCUUUGUAUUGCUUUCUUGUACUACUAAGAUAAUAUCUGUUGUGGUUUUUUUUUUCUUGUAUCCUUUUUCUGAAAUAAAGGCCCGCUGAUUUAUA